UAAUUGCAUUAAAAGCAGCAAUUCUGUUCACUUUCUCUUUACAAUUUUGAAUCUCUUAUCUUUCUCUCUCUCCACAACUACAAGACUCUUAUGACUGUAAAAGCAAGAGAGAGAGAGAGAAGAGGGAAAAAAACAGAUACACUUAAAGAAUGAAAUAAAGAGGAAAAAAGCUAGUCAAUUGUUUAACUCACACUCUCUUCAUCUCUCUCCUCUCUCAAAUGCUCUAAAAUUGGCAUUGGGCAGAUGAAAAAAGUCUCCAUCUUCUUCUCUAUCUGUUGGCCAUCUCUCUCUCAAUCAUCUACUCAUUCACUCUUCAUCUUCUUCUGUUUCAUGCAAGAUCCAAAGAGCUCACCUGCAAGGAUGCGUGAGCGUGACGUAACUGUAAUGUCAAACAGAAAACCCUGGUACCAGCGAGCAAUGGCUGUGGCGAGAUUCGCCGCGAACUGGAAAACAAUCCCUAAGUCGCCGCCAACGGAGAUAACACGUCCGUCGCGAAACCCUAGCGUCAACAAAUCAUCUAACAACCACCACCAGCUGAGGAAAUGCACUUCUCUCAAGGUAGCCGCCAACUCCUUCACUAGGGUUUGUCUCUGCGCUCCCAUCGGUCCAUACGACGACGUGUUCCGAAACUACGUCCCUCCAAGAAGAAGCUCGAGCUACCCUCCUUCGAAGCCUCUGCCGGCGGUGACGGAGACGGCGAUGGUGGCGGCGGCGAGGAUGAGCGUGGACUCGGGGAGGAGGAUAUUUAGAGGGAAGUCGCUGAAGGAGAACGCGUUGAUGAGGAGGUUCGUGGCGGCAGAGGAAGAGGCGAUGAUGGAGAGUAGAAGGAGAGAUGAGAUGGAGAUUGUGAGGAAGAGGUAUCAGACGAGGAAGAAGAAGAAGCUUGGACCUAGUCCCCUUAGUCGCAUGGUCAUCGCUGAAGAAGAUCAACAAGCUUUUCAUCAAUGAUUAAAACUUUUAAUUAAAAAAACGGAGGAAACAUGUUUUAUUUUUCUGUAAUUUUGUAAUUGUGUUUUUUUUUAAACCAAGAGAUAAUUAAUUGCCAGUUUGGUCCGGUUAAAUUAAUUUGAUUAGUUUCCUAACGACUGAUUGGUUUUUAAACAA